AUGGCGGCCAAGGUGACUGGCGGACGUCUUCGAGAUGCGCCAACGAUAUCAGACUCCUAUUACGACCUCGGGUCUUUCAGUCGACCUGUAAGCACGAACAGCAAAGACGCCCAACUUUGGUUUGACCGUGGUCUGGUUUGGAGCUACGCCUUCAACCAUGAGGAAUCAGCAGAAUGUUUUAGAAAGGCCUGCGCCAUUGAUCCUGGCUGCGCCAUGGCCUACUGGGGCCUGGCCUAUGCUCUUGGUCCCAACUACAACAAACCAUGGGAAUUCUUUGAUGGGGAGGAACUCGAGUCCACUGUGACUCGGACGCAUGCUGCCGUCCAGAAAGCGAAGGCGGAAGCAAUCAAUGCCACGGCGGUCGAAAAGGCAUUAGUGGAGGCUCUCGAAUUCCGAUACCCUCGCUCGCAAGCGCCUGCUGAUUGCUCGGUCUGGAAUCAACCGUACGCCGAUUCCAUGCGAUCUGUUUAUAAAGCAUUCCCUGACGACCUCGAUGUGGCAGCCCUCUACGCUGACGCUCUGAUGAAUCUCUCCCCUUGGAAACUUUGGGACUUGUCGACUGGACGCCCGGCUUCUGGGGCGCACACGAUAGAGGUGAAGAAGGUCCUCGAUCACGCCUUAACUCUAAAGGCUGGAUUGCAACAUCCCGGCUUGUUACACCUCUACAUCCAUCUCAUGGAAAUGUCCGGCUCCCCUGAGCUUGCUAUGCCCAUAGCAGACCAUUUGAGAGGGUUGAUACCUGAUGCUGGUCAUCUGCACCAUAUGCCUACUCAUCUCGACAUACUUUGCGGCGACUAUCGCCGAGCGAUCGCUUCGAAUACAGAUGCCAUCCAUGCGGAUAACAGGUUUUUAGCUCGUGCUGGGCCUUUAAAUUUCUACACUCUCUAUAGAUGCCACAAUUACCAUUUUCGCCUUUACGCUGCCAUGUUUGCUGGCCAGUCAAGAGUUGCGUUAGAAACUGCCGGCUGGAUCGAGGCAACGGUCCCAGAAGCCCUCCUUCGCGUCAAUUCACCACCAAUGGCCGACUGGUUGGAAGCCUUCCACGGGAUGCGUGUGCACGCGCUCAUUCGAUUCGGCCUGUGGCAGGAAAUUUUUGGCCUUCCACUACCCAAAGAUCAAGAGCUUUACUGUGUGACAACAGCCUUGAUACACUAUGCAAAAGGCGUCGCAUUGGCAGCUGCUGGAAGAGUGGAGGAAGCUGAGAAGCAGCGCAUCCUCUUCGAUGAUGCAGUGUCGCGUGUCAAGUCCACCCGGACGCUGUUCAACAACACCUGUGAUGAUAUUCUUGCGAUCGCCCGUUCAAUGUUGAAUGGUGAACUGGAAUAUCGCCGGCGAAAUUUCGACGCUGCAUUUGAUCAUCUCCGGAAAUCCAUUGCUCUCGAUGAUGCACUUCCCUACGACGAGCCUUGGGGGUGGAUGCAACCUCCUCGACAUGCUUAUGGUGCUCUGCUCUUGGAACAGGGUCACACCGAACUAGCCGCAGCAGUGUACAGUGCUGAUCUGGGAUUCGACGACACGCUUCCGCGAGCUCUCCGCCACCCAAACAAUGUUUGGGCGCUCCGUGGGUACUAUGAGUGUCUAAUGAAGUUGGGUCGUAUAGCGGAAGCUCGACUCAUUAGACCACAACUGACGCAUGCCACUGCCAUGGCAGAUAUACCGAUCAAGUUCUCCUGCUUUUGCCGCACAGACCACGCCAAUGAGUUAACAUACGAUCCUUCUACGUGA